GCAGAGCUGGUGACGACAGUGAGGAUGAUGAUGACAGUGAGGAUGACAAUGAUUAUAACAGUGGUGAUGAUGACGACGACGAUGAUGAUGACGGCAGCGACGCCCUAGAACAACAAAAUAAUAGUAAUGAAGGUGCUCAAGAAGAGCACUCAGAAGUACAGCAUGAAAAUGAGACUGCGAUUUUGGUGGCGGAUUUGGAGGACGCAAACGACCCUAAUGAGUCAACACAGCUACUGCAGGCCCCAUUGACAUCGUUGCAUAACGAUAACGAUACCGACAAGAACAACACCAAAUAA